AUGGUGUCCUCUACCUGCGAACACUCUGCGGUAAUACAAAUAGGCAAUAGAUCAUACGAUGUAAGCGAGAUUCAGCGAUUGGUUCCUCAGUUAGAGGAAGCAAUUGCACGGCGGGAUCGGGUCACUCGAGAGCUGGAGAACACAUUGCAGCAACAAACUGAGAAGAUCAAAAGUCUUGAAAAGGAUGUGGAAACAUUACAGGCUGAAUGUGAUAAACUGCGUUCAGUUCUGAAUCAGAAAACGCAAAUCUUUAUUCCACCGACACCGAAAUCAUCUGAUGAAAUUGAUCUAUCUUCCAAUACUGAGAGUGUAAACAAAAAGGUUGCUGUUUCUGCAGAACCUGCACAUCUGCCACUUUCUGACGAGAAACUACCAAAAUACGACAAAUCCGCGGGUGCAAAAAAAAUUAUCAGGGAAGCCAUUGCCAGAAAUGAUUUCCUUAAACGUUUACCUAAGGAGAAGGUGCACAAAAUGAUCGAAUGUAUGUACAAACUACGUGCAAGGCCUGGAGAAUGGGUGAUUAGGGAAGGAGAGCCAGGAGACAAACUCUACGUGAUUGUUGCUGGCGAACUGGAAGUCUCUAGACAGGGUGCUGUGCUUAGGACAAUUGGUCCAUGCACAGUUAUGGGUGAAUUAGCAAUCCUAUAUGAUUGCGCUAGAACAGCAUCUAUACAGGCAAAGACAGAGGUUGAUUUGUUUGUUUUACGUCGUGAGGAUUUUAAGUUCAUUAACACAGCAUUGGGAAAUCAAAUGCACGAUGAUCUUCUACGCUUAUUGAAAGGAGUACCUCUUUUUGCUGAGUUGCCUAUUGAACGUAUUUCGAGACUAGCAGACGUUGUUGACAAGGAAUAUUUUCCACCUAAUGAGUAUAUUAUUAGACAGGGUGAAAUGGCCGACACUUUCUAUUUGUUGACUAGUGGUCAAGUCAAGAUUACACAACAAAUUACUGGCGAAAAAAGCCCUCGAGAGAUCAGGAUUCUUUCUCAGGGAGACUUCUUUGGUGAAAAAGCUCUUUUUGGAAAUGAGGCUAGAACAGCAAGCGUUAUUGCUAUGGAACCAGGAGUCGAAGUGCUUUCAUUAGAUCGGAACAAUUUUUUAAAACUGAUAGGUGAUUUAGAUGCCCUUAAGAAAGAUUAUGGUGAUGCUGAAAGGAGCAAACAACCGAUGAUUGUUGAGCCAUCUGCAAAUAAAGUUCCGGAGAAAGAAUUUGCAAAUUUGCAACUUGAUCAGUUACAGCGUAUUGCAACAUUAGGGGUCGGCGGUUUCGGCAGAGUAGAAUUGGUCUGCGUCGAUGGAGAUAGAAACCGCACUUUUGCUCUAAAGGCGUUGAAGAAGAAACAUAUCGUCGAUACAAAACAGCAAGAGCAUAUUUUUUCGGAAAAAAAUAUUAUGAUUCAACUGCGGUCGGACUGGAUAGUUAGGCUCUACACUACUUUUCGUGACACAAGGUACGUCUACAUGCUUUUGGAAGUGUGUCUUGGGGGGGAGCUAUGGACCACUUUGAGAGAUAGGGGACACUUUGACGACUAUACAUCGCGAUUUUAUGUUGCUUGCGUGCUGGAAGCUCUUGAGUAUCUGCACAGACGUUCAAUUGUUUAUCGGGAUCUGAAACCAGAAAACUGUAUUUUAAAUAACAAGGGAUAUUUGAAGUUGGUUGAUUUUGGGUUCGCAAAAAAGCUUGUGGCAGGUAGAAAAACUUGGACGUUUUGUGGGACUCCUGAGUACGUCUCUCCUGAAGUGAUCUUGAAUAAAGGUCAUGAUCAUGCAGUGGAUUACUGGGCACUUGGGAUUUAUAUUUGCGAACUGCUUCUUGGACGGCCUCCUUUUCAAGCUGGCGACCCAAUGAAAACUUAUACUCUAAUACUCAGGGGAAUUGAUGCUCUAGACAUACCAAACAGGCGCAUUGGUAAAACUGCAACUUCUCUAGUAAAAAGACUGUGCCGGGAUAACCCAGGUGAACGUCUUGGGACGAGCAUUGGUGGCGUCUCAGAUAUAAGAAAACACAGGUGGUUUAUGGGUUUUGACUGGGAGGCACUCCGAGCACGAGCAAUGGAAGCUCCUAUUGUUCCAAAAGUUACAAAUCCAUCGGAUUCAAGAAAUUUUGAUAACUAUUCCGAAGACUUGGAUGAAGCGCCUGAAGAGCUUUCGGGUUGGGACCAAGGAUUUUAA